AUGCCGGGCACUCACUAUGAGAGGUUAUCCACUCCAGGACGACCGUAAUACCUCCUAUCCUCCUUUGCACACUGCCAAUACGAUACCAAUCUCCUACAAGUUUCUCUUCAGAUCAUGCUACCUGUCCGGACGUGGAAAAGGAGGCAAGGGACUCGGCAAAGGAGGUGCCAAGCGCCAUCGCAAAGUUCUUCGUGACAACAUCCAAGGAAUCACCAAGCCGGCUAUCCGUCGUCUCGCUCGUCGUGGUGGAGUGAAACGUAUCUCUGGUCUGAUCUACGAAGAAACUCGUGGAGUUCUGAAGGUGUUCCUUGAGAAUGUGAUCCGUGAUGCUGUCACCUACUGCGAGCAUGCCAAGAGAAAGACCGUCACCGCUAUGGACGUUGUCUACGCUCUGAAAUGUCAGGGACGUACUCUGUAUGGUUUCGGAGGAUAA